GUUGUUACUCAUGAUGUUGACGUUGUCGAGUCUUAAUCCUAACCGUUCUGUCAAGAUUCUGGCCAGACCUUCACAGAUCACGUUCACGAACUGGAUUCAAGGAGAAGGAGACAUGCAGGAAAGAUCUAGUGGCCACAGCCUGGGCUGCAAGUAGGUCCAGGGGCCAGGUCGACAGAUCGGGAACAGGCGGUGUGACCAUAUCCGUGGGCCUGGAACAGCUCAGCUACAGGAUUCCCAGAACUCGGACGGAUCUGGUAUCGACACCCAGGGACGUAGGUCUGCAUUUCUGAAGAACUGGAGGCUCGGUCCUACCAGUUGUGAGUGGCCCAUCUUUGUACCUGUGGUCUAUACCUGGUCUAUUCUUCGGUUUCAACUUUUUUGUUGCUAGUCUGUGCCUGGGUUCCCCAAAGUCCCAACCUUCGCCUCGAUUGGUGUGUAUCCAGACCAAGUGCAGUGGACCAGCUAUCAUUGCUCUGUUGGUGCAAGGAGGCUUCGUCAUUGAUAUCUUCAUUGCUUUCUUCCUUCAUGGCGCUCCUCUCAGCAAGCUUGAUGAGUGUUGCCUGCCCGUCCUCCGUCACCGCCACCUCUGUCCAUGCCGGAUCUCAAGGCUCCUCAGUGGCAUGUCCGCAGCUGUUGCCUUGCAGAGUUAAGCCUUCUCUGUUGACAUCACUACCUUCCUGUUCAUCUUAUCCUUCAUCAUCGUCUCUUCCUCUUGACCGCAGACUCUCGUCGCAGUUGCUGCUGUCUUCAAGCUUUGUUUCGUUCGCAUCACGGAGAAGACAAUGUUCAUCCACGAGUACAGCAGACAGCCAGAGCCGUGCACGUGUCAUCUGCAGCGUGGCAGUUCAAGUGGAAAAGAAAGGAGGAAGGAAGGAGGAGGAGGAUAAGGAAGUUACAGUGGAAGUUGCAGUGAGACACCAGACAAUAGAGGAGGAGAAGAAGUUACAGUGGAAGUUGCGUCUCACCAGGGAGAAGAAGAGGAGGAUGGAUGAGGCAUACUUUCGCCUGGAGAAAGAUGGGAAGGUGGAGAAAGUUCUCCAUUCCCUGAUUCUCCUCGUAGAGGAUAGCCUUCCUUUUGAUAUGGUCCUAGGAAUGGACUGGGGAGAGGCAGCAGGGGCCACACUCCACUUGAGAGAGCACGAGUGUAGGCUCCCUUGUCCCACAGGUGAAGUUAAGACUGCUCGCCUGUUUCAUGUGUCGGGAGUAGACAACACUCUGGCACAUUGUUGUCUUAGUGCUCCCGCGUUCGCGCAUUCAGUGAAGGAGCAGUUAGAAGAGCAGGUUUUUGUAGCCUAUGUAAGCUGUUCUGCGACAAGGUCAUCAUCAUUCAACACAUGUAAGAGCCGGCCAAGUCUUGUGGAUGCACCUUUUCAGUGCCAUGAAAAAGUAUAUGUCAAAAGUGCAAAAGCUUGGGGAGAUGUUGGUGAAGACCUUGAUGAGGAGUUGUUGUUCGGCGACGAUGACGACAUUGGUGACGAGUUUGUGGAUCCUGAUGAGAAGCACUGGUUUGUUGAUCCGGAUGUUGAUAUGGAAUGGGUAAAGAACAAACCAAAGGGGUUUGGUGUCGGGAAAGCGUACAAUACGUCUUUAGAAGAUCUGUUAUGGGAUGAAAUACAGGCAGCACGCAAGAAACGGUCCCAGCAAAGAAGUCCCACCAAACAGACAAACGAGAUGAAGAAGGGGAAAGGGUCUGAAAGUAAGAGUAAGAAGAUGAUGCCAUCGGAGUCCUCCAAGGUGAUGAUGUCUGCUGUACCAAACAGGAAGGACGGUGUCCAGGUGAAAGUCAGCAAUUUGCCAAAGAAGAGAAAGAUUGAGAGGGAUUUGAGAGCGGCUUUUGGAGAUUCGGGAGGGUUGGUGGGGAUCACACCGGUCGUGUCAGGAAGUCUGAAGACAAGGGAUCCGAUUUGCAAGUCUUUUGCUUUCCUGACAUUCCAUGACAAAACUGCCGCCUUGCAGUUUAUCAGACAACGUAAUCGAUCCUCUUUGUAUUUUGGAAAGGUUCAAAAGGUCAUUUCCUGCCAAUUAGUCAGAAGCAAGGAUGGUCAAUCUGAGAUCAGUGUCAAUGAACCAACCGACAUGAAUCCAAUGUCAGCCAAAUUGUCGGCACCUUUGAAAACCGACGUGGCCACUGUGGUGACAAAUGCAGUUGGCGACGCAGAAAACUCUGACUCGGAAAUGCAGCAUUUGAAACCGUUGGACAUCCGCUUUGACAGUGAAGAAGUCAAAAUGACUGAGAGGAGACCAGAAAGAAUAAACACAGUAGCAAGCGAACUGAAAAAAGAUGAAGAGGACUUGGAAACACACCCACAAACAGGACAUGGCAAGAUCACUACUGUUGGAAUAGUCGGUGAGCAGUAUGAGCACUGGGAUGCACAAGGUCUUGAAGGCAUUGAAAUCAGUGCAAAUUACUUUGAGGAUGAUGAUGUUGAUGAUGAUGAUGAUGAUGAGGAGGAGGAGGAGGAGGAGGAGGAUGGCAAUGGAUAUUAUGAUAACGUAGUGUAUAAUGAUGAUGAUGAUGAUGAUGAUGACGAUGAGGAGGAGGAGGAGGAGGAGGAGGAGGAGGAGGAGGGGAAGGAAGGCAACUAUUUGGAAGAGAUGGUUGUUCUGGCAGAAGAUGAGAAUAUAUGGCAAGUCUGUACAGAGAGCAACAACGGCGGGGAGUUUGCAGCAGCAACAGCAACAGCAACAGGGACAGAUGGGAGGGAGUGUAACGGGGAAAACACCGGCCAUUCGCCGGGGAAAGGAAUUAGAACACCGUCGUCUUCGGAACGAAGCCGUGUCUCAGACAUCAGCAUCAUUGAAAAUAGAGAACGUACUUGCGAUCGUGAAUCACCAUCCUCUUCAUUCUUGUCAUUUGUUGCAGCAGAGUUUGAUGAUGAGAACCAUGCUGUUGCAGUUGAUCGAUCAGAGAAAAGCGUUGAUUAUUUAAGGCAGAAGUGGGAGUUGGAGCAGCAGCAGAUGUCGGUGGCUGCAGAAGACUAUGAUCCCGAUGAAGCGCGGAUCGCUAUGCUGGAAGCGCUGGUGAAGCGGAAACAUUUGAAAGGAGGGAAGGAGGGCACAGGAAUGGGGAGAAGUAUGCAGAUAAGCUUUUCGUCAUUCAGUGAAGAUGGACCAGAAGGGAAGCGUAGCAUCACCAAAAAUAGCAAUCAAUCCAAAGUAAAGAGUAUGAAGAGGGAUGUGCAAAAGAGGGGUAAAGCUCAACUGCAGGAGACUGUGGAGGGGUUGUCCGGACCGAAAAGAAAAGUCGUUAAGAGGGGCCCAAAGUUAGAAAAAGUAGUUAUGUCCGCAAAGGCGCCAAUCACUCUGCAUGUGGGAGAGGCAUCAUUGACGGUUCCAUUCUCAGUGGAGACAGCAAAGCAGCUGGAGGCAGCCAUAGCCAAGCUUCUGAACACAUUUCGACUGAAGGAGAAGGCAUCUCGUCCUCAGAGAUGGGAGAACAUGGAAUUCCGUCACAACGGGGAUGUUGCUAACGGAGACGUGUUUCUAGAAGUUUUCUGCAACCCAAACGCUUGCUCAUCACCUUUUCAAGCCAAGGUUAUGAUCACAAUGAGAGAUGACAGAGUGAAGUUUACGUCAGAAGCACAGUUGAGCGAUUUACAGUCAGACCUGGGUGCCUAUAUGGAAGCUAAUGCUUAACUUCGCAAGAAAAAAUACUUACUACCCACUUCAAUUUUGGUUCAGUAAACUUCAGUGGAUGAGCCUAGUAGGUGUCAACAAAAUCGAUUUGUAUUUUUAAGUUUUAGCGUUUGAAUCUUUAUCCAACUUUGACAAGUGACGAUUUCCCAGAUUGCACAUUUCUUUCUGAUGCCAGCUGUGCAUGUCUGAGUGCAUGGCGGCAGCGAGGCGUAGAGGUGGUGAUCCACAGUUCGUCAAAUUGAAGAGACAUGAUGGGGGAGUGUGCGUGUGUGUGUGUGUGUGUGUGUGUGUGUGUGUGUGUGUGCGCGCGCGCCCGCGCGUUUGUGUGUGUGUGUGUGUGGUGUGCGUGAGUGUGUGUGAGAUACGUAUCCUCAGUGACUGAGCUGCACACCAAGACAUGGUAUUGCCAAGGGAACAAACUGGACAUGAACUCCCAGAGGUGCAUUCGAAAGCUUGCAAGCACAGUGCACUUUUGAGCAUAAGACCCAUGUGUGUGGUCAGCACAGGUACCCGACCAAAGGUACGCAUAAAACAGGCGGACAGCAGUAGGUAGGAGAACAACAAACAAAACAUGAUAGAUUAGUGCCAGACUGUUUUGUCGGGCUUGCAGCGACCCAUCAGGUGGUUGAACCCUCAACAGUCUGUAGAAUCCCCAGAUUGUGAUGUUUUCAAUUGUUUUGAGACAACCUACUGCUCCAGUUGUGAGCUGACAGCCAGGCAGGUGAGAAUGCAAGCAGAAAGGGGAGGGGGGGGCAACAAGGCACCAUGCGGCAAGCAGCAACAAAGCACAUAGGCUGGA